GACAGCCCGAGGAAAAGACCCGGUGUACCCGUCUGUCGUUAUCCGUAAGGAGGUGAGGGAGAACGAUACUCUCAUUUCUCUGCUCCUGGACGGGGUGUGUCCUUGUGACUUCACACGUCAGGAGGGCGGGGCUUGUCUGCGUGACGUCGCACGAGACCAAGAAAGGUCAAAGGUCAAGGUCAAGGUGACGCCUCUGGAUGUUAUUGCCACUUUGGGUGACGUGGACCUCCUCGUUCUGUGUAUUCAGAGAAUGAGUCUUACAGACAACAACUACAACAAACGCUUCUGCCAUGGAUUUAGCUCACAGACUUCGGAGCCUGUUGACAACGCUACAUCUUGCCUAAGUCUGAAAACAGUGAACACUUGUGACUGUUUGUGCCAGGAUAAUAAUAAUGAUAAAAACUUCAAUGAAACUUGUGAAAAUUGUGACGGCGAACUUCAGUGGGCAGAAUCUUCCAUGAGAGACCAAUCUUCCGACAGUUCUGUAACAUCUCUAGAAGCUCAGAAACUGGAAGAAAACGAUGCUCAAAACCAGUUGAGAACGUUGUCUUCACUCGACCUGUCUAUAGUCUCAGCAAAUGGUCACGAUGCAGAUCCAUCCCUCUCGUGUGCCAAAAAAAGAAAACGAUGUAACGAUACUGUGUCUCGUCAUCUUCUUUCUGACAACAGAGACGGAGAAAUAGCAAAAGACUCCAAAGAACAGGAAGGAGACGACGCAAGUAUAGAUGGAUGCUUGGAUAGAGACUCGAAUGGGUACGCGGUCAAUACAGAUGGAUACUUUGAGGGAUGCGCAGCCAGUACAGAUGGAUACUUGAACGGAUGUGCGGUAAAUAGACAUGGAAUCUCAGAUGGAUACACAGCAAAUAGAGACGGGAGCUCAGUCACUCCCAUUGGAAAAACUGUUGGCCUCGUUUGUCCUUCAGUUACCACACUCUCAGAGCAGCUGGAACAUGAUGCGUCCUUAGACAGUGCCCAGGAAGGGUGUGUGUGUUCUGGGAAACUUGGGUCGUUCUCGGGGGGAGGGGAGAGGGAUGGGGGCUCCCUCUCUAUAAAUGACGUCGAUAUGGAAGAAGAGGAAAGAGAAGGAAGUGGUGGGAAAGAAGGAGGAGAUGGAGGGGGGCGAGAAGGAGAAAGAGGCGCCAAAGAAGUAGAUGGAAGGGAUGAAAAUGGAGAACAGUUACGAGAAAGAGGUGAAAAGGAAGGAGAAGAGGAAGAAGGAGAAAGAGGCGCCAAAGGAGUAAAUCCAGAUGAAAGGGGUGGAAACGUAGAGCAAAUUGGAGGAGGAGGUGAAAAAGAAGGAGAAGAGGAAGACGGAGAAAGACGUGAUAACGGAGAAAGAUUAGGAGAAAGAGAUGGAGUAGGAGGAAGGGGAGGAGUAGGAGAAAGCGGAGAAGAAGACGGUGACGGUUAUCUUGAAAGAGAGGAGACAACGGUGUUGAUAGACAACGCCCUGACUCAGGACCAGAUCGACGUGCUGAGGACCCGGGUGAAGGCGGAGAGUCUCGUGUCGUGUGUGCUGCACUCCAUAGAGCACCACAAUCCACACAUGCUCGCCUCUGUGCUGGCCCUGCCCCGCUGUCACGUGAUGUCUGUGCUCGCCUUCUGUAGAGACCGCGGGCGCUACAUGUUUCCCUGAGGCGCUUCGAGCAGGCAGAGGCGAGUUACUUGGCAUGGUACAACCCACACUGUGUUCACGGCAGACUGGAGCAUCUCGUGGGUGUGGCUUUACAGCCCUUGGUUGUGGAACUGUGCAAAGACUGCCUCCGCUCCUUGUUCCCCAACACCUUCAUCAUGUGCGGACACACAGUGGCCGUCAAAUUCCACCGGCGUCUCCAUGACAACGAAGCCAUCACAGACACGCUGGUGGCCGGAAGCUGCUCCACCCCUCAUCCGUGGCCGACCGGCUCCCCGCCCCGCAAAGUGUCCAUCGUCCCAGCAUGCUCGGCCGCUACUGUGGGCAAUGUCCAGCUUCUGGCACGCAUCAUCCCUGGGCUCGUGGGGGAGGGGAAGGGUCACGGGGUCAAGAGGUCGUCCUUGCCACUCAAGGGCUGCUUGAGGAGGUGCGAGAAAAUACGUCCCAAAAACCUGACUUUCCGGCCAGUUCUGACCGAGUCGUGCGGGGAGACGCUGGAGGGGGAACUCAUAGUGCACGCCAUCUACAGCGGGUCGGAUGAGUGCGUCAAACUUUUGCUGAGCUCUAAGACUCGGACUUCCUGGCCCGGAUGAUGUUGUCCCGAUGCAGGGAGAUGGACCCUGAUACGACCCUCAUGAAAAAGGCGAUGGUUAAGGGCAAGCUGUCCAUCGUAGGCUUCCUGGUAGACCACGGGGUGAGUGGGGUGUUCCGUGACCAUCCCUAUCACCGCCCCGCUAAGAGAGAGGGUGAGGAAGAGAAGCUGUCUCUCGUGGAUGCCGCUCUGAACAGCACGCCCAAUUCCAAUGUGGCCGUCGUGCUCAAAUAUCUCAUUGUGGAGAAGCAUCAGGACGUUGGUAACCCGAGUUCUCUCUACGUACACAAGGCAGUGUGUAAACGCUGUUCAGUGGAGGUGAUAAACAUCCUGAUUAGACAUGGGGCUCCUGUCAAUGUCUACGACUCUGCGGGGAUAUCGCCGUUGUACCUAGCCCUUCAUUGCGGUCCCAAGAACCAUAUAGCGCCUUUGUUGAAGGCCGGAGCCUCCAUCAGAUGUCUUUCUCCGGCUGGUCACUUCUCGACGGCCAUGAUGGAUGCGGUGAAGAGGCGGGAGACGGACGUUAUACAGCUGCUGCUGCAUUGUGGAUACAGAUGCACGGAGGAAGACAGACAGAAACUGCACGCCGCCCAGAGGUUGGCUGAUUACGCGGUGGUGUCCAUCUCUGACCUACUUAGCCAGCCCAUGCCCCUUGUAUCUCUGUGUGCUGUCAGUCUGAGGGAAGGCCUGGGGGACCAGCUCAACACAUACCUGGACCACGUGCGGUGUCCUGCCAUUUUCAAAGACUUCAUACAUUGCAAACACCUCGUGGAAAGAUUUCUGUGAUCUGUGACGUGUGGAGUGCAGAGAUUAUGUUCAAAGAUUUUAUACAUUGCAAACACCUCGUGGAAAGAUUUCUGUGAUGUGUGGAGAGUGAAGUGUAGAGUGUACGGUUUGUAGUUUUGAGUGCCUAAAGUAAUGUUCAAAGAUUGUAUACCUUGCACGCACCUCGUGGAAAGAUUUCUGUGAUGUGUGACGUGUGGAGUGUACGGUGUCUAGUUUUGAGUGCAUAAUGUUCAAAAACUGCAUACAUUGCAAAUACCUUGAGGAAACAUUGCUGUGACGUGGGGAGUGUGGGUGCAUAAAUGUUUAAAGACCUCAUACAUUGUAAACACUUCGUGGAAAGAUUUCUGUGACGCGUGGAGUGUGAAGUGUGGAGUGUACGGUGUGUAUUGUGUAGUUUUGAGAACAUAAAGUAAUGUUCAAAGACUUCAUACAUUGCACACACCUCGUGGAAACAUUCCCACGAAGUCUGACGUCUUAUGACAGAAAAACGUACAUGCCAUAAACGAAAUUUUAAAGGAGAGGCCAAAAAUAAUACCUAACUUUGUGUGUGUGUUCCAACUUAACUAAAAUUUGGUCGUUCUGAUUAUUUCAUGUCAAUAUUCAUUGACCAGUGUAACUUUUGUCUGAUCUGCUGAAGAAUAAAGUAGAUAGUUAUGGAGUAAGUGAUGAAAAUUUCUUUUGUCAUAACAAUAUCGAUAUCAAAAUAGGUCACAACGUACUGUUUAAAACAAAAACAAAUCUUCUUUAAUUGUAAUUGUACAGCCAAAAAACCAAGAUAGGAAGGACAGCCAUGAACAGAGGUUUCCCCCUUGUACAAAAAACGCUAAGUACCCUAGUUCCGAAUAUUAUAUAAUAUACAUUUUUUUGCCAUAAGACGGCAGACGUGUGGAGUGUGGAGUGCGCGGUGUGGAGUAUGCUGGGAAUGGAAACAACGAUCUGACCAUAACUAUAGCCUGGUAUAGGAUAAUUAUGCCUGAGUUAAAGGACAUUUUUGCUGAGAUGAUAUUUUUAUGACAUACGCUAACAAAAUAUAAUAUAUUAUGUUAUUUUCUGAAAA